AAUCCCUAAGGUGGCAUUAAGUCAAUGAUUUUACCAAGCUGAAACAAGAUGUCAGCAUUUAAUACAACCUCAAACUGCUUUAUAACAUGUAGUUGCUGCUAAAGACAUAGCUACUUGAACUUUCUGAAAAACAUAGCAAAAUGAAACAUUUUACACCAAAACAACCAGAGUCCAAAUAACUUCCAGAGAUUAUUUUAAAUAUACUAAGAAAGUUUUUUUUUUUAAUCAAUUACCUUUGGUGUAAAUAUUCACUUUCACACUAAUUAAAGCUUAGAACUGUGGCUACCGGUUGAUUUGUCGAUUUGGACAAUUAUCAACUGAAACCGUUGUAUUCAGGAGUUUGGUGGAGUAUUGAGGGCAUCUGCCCCACCCAAUGAUCUCCAGGUUUGUUUGUUUUGAGGAUGCAACAGCCUGAUGCUGACAUAAAUGUUGAUAAUAAACACUUGAACUCCUUGGAGGAGUAAAACACACGACUCCCAUCCAAAACUUUGCAGAUUGCAAGUUGCAACAAAGACAAUAGAUGACAGCGUCACCUGCUGGUGGGAGGACAUAAUGGCAAAUCAGAUGGGCAUUUUUUCCACCAAAAGGUUUUUUACAAACACAUGAAUAGAACUGAAUAAGAAAGAGUAGAACGAUGCCCAUUUAUCUUCAUCAAAUAGACCACGAGAUGGGUUUUCCAUUGGAGCUAAAUGGACCAAUGAGAGCUUCUCCCCCACAACCUGCAUUAGUGAGAGUCUUGAACUGAUUCCUCAGGACCUGAACCGGUUUCUUUCAUAGAUCGGAGUGGCGGCGCUCUGCAGCGUUCAGCCUCCUCUCCGCCCCAGAACCGGCGCAAACCAUCAGCUGUAUGUUCGCAGGCUCCAGUCGCAUGCGAGGAAACAUGAGCGCAGGCAGAUAUUCAGGGUCCCGGGCUGCCUCUUAAAGAGGAGGAGGAGACGGCGGUCCGUGCGGUCAGAGCUCAGGAACUCAGGAGGGGAACAUGUGAGCGGGGCAUGGGCGGCUGGAAACGGGAUUACAGCUCAGCAGAGACGCAGGAGGGACGCGGACCAGGAGAGACACGGUUCUCAGUCUUUACGCACUGCAGAGACGCGUCCAGACUGUCAGAGAAAAUGAACACCAUCGUGUUUAACAAGCUGAGCACUCAGGUGCUGUUUGAGGACAAAGCGAAGGAAGUGGAAAUGAGCAGCAGAAACUACUUGGAAGUGAUUGACGGGCAACAUCCAGACCUGCUGUCCGGAAACCAGAGUAGAGACAGCCAGGGGAUCCGGCACCGGCGGAGCGGAGGCCGUCCCAGCGGUGGAAAAGUGCGGCACAAACGCCAGGCCCUGCAGGACAUGGCACGGCCGCUCAAGCAGUGGCUCUACAAGCACAGAGAUAACCCCUACCCCACCAAGACGGAAAAAAUCCUGCUGGCGCUGGGCUCACAGAUGACUCUGGUGCAGGUUUCCAACUGGUUCGCCAAUGCCAGGAGGCGGCUGAAGAACACAGUGAGGCAGCCGGACCUGAGCUGGGCGCUCCGCAUCAAGCUCUACAACAAAUACGUCCAGGGCAACGCCGAGAGGCUGAGCGUCAGCAGCGACGACAGCUGCUCGGAAGAUGUGGACAACCCGCAGAGGAGCCAAAGCGGCCCGCAGGAGCUGGGUAAGCCCAUGUACCAGAGCGUGAUCAAGAAGGAGGGCUCCUCCAUGGUGGGCAUGGCCAUGGGCAUGGGCGCGGGUCUGCGUUCGGAAGCCGCCUCGCUAGCAGAGGACUACGUGUCUCCGCCCAAAUACAAGAGCAGCCUGCUGCACCGCUACCUGAACGACUCCCUGCGGCACGUGAUGGUGGCCAACGCCGUCAUGGAUGCCCGCAAGAGGAACCACUCCGGCUCCUUCAGCUCCAACGAGUACGACGACGACCUGCUGUCACCGUCUUCCUCUGAGGCUGAGGCGAACUUUGUUUACCGGGCUGAAACCGCCGACCAUGGAUCAAGUAAAUGUGACAAUGGCAGCGGUGGUGUCGCAGCUACGCAGAAGGAAAAGGUGAAGGGCAAAGAUGAGACGUACUGGAAGGAGAUCAACGCCGCCAUGGCCUUGACCAACUUGGCACAGGGGAAGGACAGCGUCUCGGGGACAACCAGCUGCAUCAUCCAGAAGUCCUCCCAUAUAGCAGAGAUCAAAACUGUAAAAGUGCCGAUGGUGCAGAAGUUUUAGUUUUGGACGUCACUGCCCCAUCCUUCUAUGCAAACCAGCAAUCAUUCCUCUUUUAGUAAAACCCAAAUAAACACCUCCCGUGGGCGUUAAAGUGAGAAAAACUCAUUUGUUGUUGCUGAUUCUCCGAAAGAGGCCUUGACCAUCCUUUUCCUAACGGGGCUGGUUUGGAAGUGUUUCUGCAGCAUUUCCUAAAAACAAGACACUUUUUUUUUUUUUUUGUAAUGUUAACUUAUUUUUUUAUGAACUUUUCAUUCAUUAUUGUUUUUUAAGCUAAACUUUUUUACAUUUUUGCCAAAGUGCCUGUGUUACCGAUGGUGGCAUGCAUCUACCGUUUGUGAAGGACUGGAGGGGACAAAGUCCCUGCAGCAUCGUGUGCCUUAAGAAACACAGAGAGGCAGGCAAAUACUCUUGCAGAAAAUUGCCAGCUUGUUCAGAGACUCUGUUUUUAUUUUGACUGAAGUCUUCAUUUUGACUGAAGCGUGCUUUGUCUCACCCGCACUCUGGCGUGCAGCAGGCCAUGCGUAAUGGCUGCAGAUAAGCAGCCUCCUCUUUCCUCCUUGUCUACGUCACGGCCUUGGAUUUCAAGAACCAGCGAAGGAUUCCUCUCUUAUCGUUGCUUUUAGUUGCUAAAACGUGCACAAGCGCUCAGCUAGACCCAAGUGAGGACACCAGUGGAACAGAUUCAGCCGUGACCUAAAAGGGAUGUUUUGGUUGUUUUUUUCUUUUUCUUUCACGUUAUCAGUGUUCUCACGUUUGAGCACAAGAUAGCCUGAGCAAUGGAAAAGCCGAAGAGAAAAAAAUCCUCUGCACCCUUCAGCCUUUAAAUUCUUGGCUCCCUCAGCUGCUUAACAUUACGCUCAAAAGACUGUUUACAAGAAACCAGAGGAUAGGCUUACAUGUUUCACUUUUUUCCCCAAAACGUCUCGAUUCCACAAAAGAUUUCAGUAUUAUAUGUUUGUCAACCAAGCAAUUAAUGUGUGCUCCCAGUAUGUUUGGUUGUGUUGUUUUUAAUCAAAUGUUGUGCAUUAAGUUUUAUUUUUUGGCAUACAUGGAAAACUCACUUGUUUGGAAAAGUAAUUUAAACAAAAUUUGAAUUCAUGUACCAUAUUUUUCGGAGUAUAAGUCGUGAUUUUGUGUAUAGUUUGGCCUCGGGAGCGACUUCUAUGUGAUUUUUUUUUAAACAUUAAUAUUGGCUCAUAUGUUGUUAUUUUCCCAUAAACAACCGGUUGCCCUUUAGCGGCUGUUUCCCACUAACAACCACUAGAUGUCACUGUAGGUGUGUGUAUCAGUAUUUGCUACUGACAGCAACGCAGAAGAAGAUGCCCUGUCCAAAACAAACAUAGUGGAGAAUCUGAGCAUUCCUUCCCUGAACCUCAUGAUAGUUUUUCUGGUUCGUAUAGAGACGUUAUUUUCAUUUUUUCGUUCGUCGGACGAAUGCAGGACAGCAGGUCGUCAAACUGGGUCACAGAGAGAUAGAAGUACCGCUAAACACCCCAUCAUUGAAAUGCAUUGAAAAAACAGACAUGGGGAUGUGUUUACCGGUGCUUCUUCUAGAGCUCUUUACAUUUAUAAACCUGAUCUCUCAAUGUCAUCCGUGUUUUUCAUGCAUUUUAAAUGUGAUAUACAGUCAAUGCUUCUCCAUUAGCUAUGAGGCUAAAAACGUGACGGAAGCUAUUCCCACACGCGAUAGGAGAAUUUAGUUUAUCAACACAUUUUUUUGACCAAACACCGAGUUUGAUGUGCAUCAAAAAAGAGGCAGUGGAUGGAAAUGUGACGCAUGAAUGGCGUUUGGUGUAAAAGCGUCAUUAUGCACGACUUGGUGGAUUUGUUCAAAGCAUUGCACUUUUUCCCCCAAAGUACAACUUAUACCCUAGUACGACUUAUAUUUGAUUUUUUCUUCUUCGUUAUAAUUUUUUUUUUUUGCUGCGGCGACUUAUAGUCCGAAAAAUUGGGUAAAUUUUUUAAGGUGCUGUUUAAUGUAUGACACUUUUUGAUGAACCAUGACUCUGCGACUGUUGUGUUCAAGGAGUUUGAGUGGGAGCAAAGAUGCACCAAGUGACUUUUCGACGUUUAAUUGUUGUGUUUUGAAUGUGCAAACUGUUCAGAAAAAGCUGCACUUCUUGGCUGUCGUUGGAGUUUUGACCAAACAGCGAAGAACGGUGAAAGAAAAAUGAAGAAACACAGUGUAGUGUUUCAGUCAGAGUGCCUCUGGAAGUGUAAUGAAAUGAAUCACACAGGCAUUAUUUGCUUACACAGUGGGGGGGGGGGGGUGCACACGUGUAAUUCAUACAGCUGAUUCAAGCAGGACAGCAGGGGGGGUGGGGGUGGGGGGUGGAGAGCCUAGUAUUCCUAAUCGCUCCUCUGGACCUCUGGGCCGCUCGCGACCCUCACACCUCACACAAUAACCCCACGCUGAGGGGAGAUGGAGCAAGAAAACUGGGGAUUCAUGGCUCCCCCAGCACCACACCAGUAUUAACAAAUGGGUUUGUACAGCCACGACCUUGGUACUGUACUUUGUCUAGCACAAGCGCCAUUUAUUAAACCAUGCAGACAGAUGCAAAGCAAUGGUAUAUUAAACUUAUAAAUUAUUACUACUAUUAUUUUGAAAAGAAAAGCAGAGACCACGUUGUUUUUUUUUUUAAUUGUUAAGUUAUAUAAAUUGAGAUUUUUGUUUUUGUUCAUUCUGAAAGAGACUGGAUUUCCAAUCCAAUGACCAAAUACAUAUCUCCUUGUAUUGUCUCAUUUGCUCUCUUGUAAAGUUUCUUUUGUAAAAAACAUUUGUUAGUUGCCCAACAGCAGUGAAUAAACCUCUGAAUGAAAUAACUUGCA